ACCUAUCGACGGCGAAGUUUGCACGACAAAGUGCACGUUGCCGGAAAACAACAGCACAACAUUGAGGUUGCAAGUGUUGUGUUUGAGUUUUUUACAGUGGAAAAAUUUACCUCACUGCUUCUUCGAUUGCCAUAAAUGUGGUUUUAGCGUGAACACCCUAUCAGUGGGCAGCAGUGACGUCUUCAUUCUUCUUCCCCCGGCGUCUAGUACGUGCAAAGCACAGAAAAAUCUUCCUGCGAAAGCAAAAGCGUAUUCCGCGAAGCAACAGGAAGUGCAUUUUCCCUGCCGAAGGACGUCAUCCUGCUGCGAGAAAACUGCAUCGUUGUAAUUCUUCCAACCAAUUGCGCGGAUUUUCCGGAGCACGGAAAUUGCACACUGCAUCGUCUCCAUACUAACACGCCCGCUCAUUCUCUCCACACGCUCUCUCCCUCUCCGUCGCUCUGCCGUAGAACGGAAAAACAAAAACAAAAAAACAUCUGUUUCCGCGCGUGGCCGUGGACGAAGCGUACGGACGGAAGUGGUGGAGCGUGUGUGGAAGGCCUGCAGCGGGGUAGACAGCGAGCAGCGAGCGCGCGCGUAAAAAGCACGACGUAGCCACGAUGAGCCAGAUUUCCAUUAGAGGUUUAGCGCUCGGUGCGGCAAGUACCUGCAGAGAGAUGUCUUCGUCGUCGUCGUCCUUCCGUAAAGUGACCCACUGUAUCUUCGAUAUGGAUGGGCUGUUAUUAGAUACGGAGAAGAUCUACGAAAGCAUCUUGGGGAAUCUGCUGAAGUCGUACAACUCGCCGUACCCGUGGGCGACGCGCAUGAAGGUGAUGGGCACGACGGAACAGCGUACCUGCUCGAUACUGGUGAACGAUCUGAAGCUGCCCUGCACGGUCGAUGAGUUCCUGGCGAAGUUCCGCCGGGACCAGUUGCUCUGCCUCGGCAAAGCGCCCCUCAUGCAAGGAGCGGAACGGUUGGUUCGUCAUCUGCACCAGCACCAGAUUCCGAUCGCGCUCGCGACCAGCUCCGGGGCCGACUCGGUUGAGGUGAAGACGAAAAAUCACCGUGAACUGUUCGAGCUGUUCGGCCACAAGGUGAUGGGCUCGAGCGACGCCGAAGUGAAAGAGGGCAAACCGGCGCCGGACAUUUUCCUCGUCGCGGCCAGCCGCUUCCCCGACCAGCCCGACCCCACCCAGUGCCUGGUGUUUGAGGACGCACCGAACGGUGUGACGGCGGCGAUCGCGGCCGGCAUGCAGGCCGUCAUGGUGCCCGAUCCGCACAUCGAGGAGGACCAGCGAAAGCACGCCACGGUCGUACUCCGAUCGCUCGAGGACUUCCGGCCGGAGGAGUUCGGACUGCCGGCAUUUUCGUGAGCCGUCGUUUGCUAUGCCCAACGGCGGGAGGGAAGGGAAAGGGAGGGAGGAAUCAAAUUCGUCCAUGUUGUACCGAUUACACUGGGUAGUGACACCCAUCUGACACCUCCUCCCUCCCUUUCCGGCCGCGUCUCUCACUCUCUAGAACACUCCCACCCGACGCGUGUUUGUUGUUGAAAGUAGCGUACGAGCGGGACGAGCAUCGGAAUCGGUAUUCGGUGGAUUCCGGAGCCGGGAGCAAAGGAUAGCGCCUCUUCGCUUUUUUUCAGUUCAAUUUUUGGAAGGCUUUAGUAGACUGCGGUAGACUAGUUAGGAUGAGCCAGGUGCGACCGAUUGACCGAAACCAACGCAGGAAACUUUUACACGUUCGUUUGUAAUGAUGGAUAAUAAAUAAAAAAGCAAAGCUUUACGAAGUCUAGUCGGAAGUAA